AUGACUGAAUUUUUAAAAAAUGUUCCAGAAUUUAUGGAAUCAGAACUGGGUGAAUCUAUAGCUUCUAGGACAGAAUCUUUAGCAAACUUCAGGGAGCUUGGCCCUCCAAAUCUCGUACAUCUUAUAAAACAUCAACCACAAUUAGGAAACAAAGAUAUUAGCACUUAUCAUUAUGUUUUGGGAGUCGAUGCAUCUUCAUCAGCAUCUUUAGCAGCAUAUCUUAACAAUUUAACAUAUUCUGUUGACAAAGAACAAGCGUGGUUCCGAAAAAAUCAGCCAUGGGAAAUACAUACUGGUCUUUUUUGUAUAUAUAAUGCUUUUUCACGACUCGAUAUUCAUGUUGAAAUGAAAAUUCCAGGAGGAAUCGAAAGCAUUGCUAUUGACGAGCAUGGGAAUAAAAAAGAAGUAACACCUGAAAUGUGGACUGAAACAUUCCUUUGUGAAGUAUUACGAUGGCUUCAGUUUUCAGACAAUUAUACAUACCAACCCUCAGGAUUCCGAAAAUUAAAUCCAAUAAUAUCUACAGAAUUCGAGGAAAAAUUUUUAGAUGCAUGUUCUCAAUUAUUUUUAAAAGGUUGGAAAUUAGGCUGUAGUUCAGAAACACAAGUUCCUGAUAUUAUUAAUAAUAAUCUUACAAAUGGUAUACUAAAAUAUCUAAACAUGACUGGACGUUAUGCAGUCGGAAUUAAUCAUUUUGAAAAACUUCGUUAUAAAAACUCGGAAAUUAUACCCUUUUUAGCAAAAUUAUACUUUUUAAUGGAUGAAGAAUUUAUUGCUAUUAAUCUUUUAAAUGAAAGUUUAAAAUUAAAUCCUGUUAAUUAUUCAUCUCUUGUUAUUCAAGCAGAAUAUCUUAUGAAAAAAAAUUCUUACGAUUUAGCUCUUCAAUGUGCAAAAAAAGCUGUUAACUAUGCACCUUCUGAAUUCAUUACAUGGGAAAUUCUUACUCAAGUAUAUAUAUCUCUUGAAGAUUACAAAAUGGCUUUGUUAACUUUAAAUUCAUGUCCAAUAUAUACUUAUUAUGAAAAAGAUAGUUAUAGAAUGCCGGAGCCAAUUAAAGCUCAUUUUCCAGUUCCUAUAGAUAUAAACGACUAUGAAUUAACUCCAAAUGAAACAUAUAAAAAUAACAAUACAAUUGAUCCAGUUUUAUUAAGACUACCAUCACCAUCUCUUAGAGGAACUUUUUCGCGUGCAUAUGAUCUUCUUAUAAAAAUAGUAACAAAAAUAGGAUGGGAUCGACUCUUAAAAUUUCGAUCGUUAGUAUUUAUUAUGAAAGAAGAAUAUAAAUUACAUAAAGAAAAUCAUGAUAAUACAACAUCAAAUCAAUCAGCAUCUAUAACUGCUUUCAGCAAUUACAAAAAUAAUAGUCUUAAAAAAACUCACAAGGCUGAAGAUUCAGAAUUUAAUAGCAUAUCCAAAAAUUGCAAAAAACAAUUGAAUACAGAAACUGAAAUCUUAAUGCAAAAAAAAAACUCCAUAGACAAUCACAUUUCAAACGAAAAGUGUUAUAGAAAUAAAAAAAAUAAUAGCCUUUUAUUUUAUGGAAAAAGACUAUGUGAGCGUUGGCUAGAUAAUCUUUUUAUGGUUCUUUAUGAAGAUUUACGAGUAUAUACUAUAUGGAGAGCAGAAAUCUCUCAUUUUAAUGCCCAAAAAGCACAAUGCAAGAAAACAGCAGCAGAAUGGGAAAUUCUAGGUAAUCUUGCAUGGAGAUUACAAUAUAAAGAAGAAUCAUUAGAAGCAUUUAGAAAUUGUCUUAAAUUAAAAUUUUCAAUAAAAGCAUGGGACAAGAGUUUAUUAUUCUAUAAAGAACAAGGAAAUCAUGAAGAAGUAUUAUUAGCAAUUGUAAAAUUAAAUGCAUGGAAUUGCAGAUGGUAUUCUGAAUUUUCUCCUGAUUUACUAAGACAUUUGCAAAAUAUGAUCGCAUGUGAUGGCAUUACAAAAAUUCGUAAUAUGCUUUCUUCUAUAGCUGCUCCUAAAACAUAUAUUGAGCUUAUGGACCGUUAUUUUGUAUUUAUUGAAAAAUUUAAACUUCUUGGAUAUUCAGAAUGA